UGCUUUAGCUCUCAUUCACUUCCAUAAACCUCCCCUGCAAAAGAGAAGGAAAAAAAAAACCCAUCUCCCUCUCUAUCUUUCUCUCUGAUCUCCCCACUCUGCUUACCUCCAUAGCUGACUUCUAAGCAGCUUUUUCCUCCUCUCCUCUCAUUCUCAGCAUCGGUCAAAUUGAUGAUUUAGAAGCUGAUGCUGAAUGCUCUCAUCAGCUCAUCAUCAUCAGAUCUCCCUCAACCCCAAAACCUACAUGUCUAGCAGCAGCAGCAGCAACAGCAGCAGAAGAAACCCCACAUCUUCAUGUUCUUAACUCCUCCCUCCCCACCUCCAAAUCAGAGCUCUCUGGCUGUGUCUUACACAAACUGUAACAGUCCCAUCCUCUCUCUCUCUCUCUCUCUCUCUCUCUCUAAAUAUAUAUAUAUAUAUAUAUACUGUUGUAGUGUAAGUGUAAUUAAUUAUAAUCCUUUUGGUUUUCAAAAGUGGGACAAUGAUCUAAAGAAAAACCCCUUUUCUCUUUAAUUUCCUCUUUUAAUCAUUAAACCUCUCCCCCUUCUUCUAGCCCUCUCCAUAGUGAUUAGCUAAGUCUUGUCUUGUCCUUCCUUUGUUCUCUUCUCCUUUUUGUCUCCAACCUAACAACAAAGACAAAGCAAAUAGACAGAGAGAGAGAAGCAGGCAGAUAUGGAUAUCCCAAUCCCAGCCCAGGAAGGGGAUAUCCCUGUCCCAGCCCCACCACUAAGCAGCACCGCCGGCUAUGGCGGAGGAGGAGGAGGCCAUGGCCACAUGCUCGGCCACCACCACCAUCACCACCAUGACCCUACAUCUCAUCACAUCAACGACGUGCCAGGCAACGCCAUUAAUGGGCCCAUGGAGGAGCAGCACCCCCACCACCAAGUGGUGGUUGCAGGCUACAACAACAAGAACAACAACAACGGCAGCACCAAUGGGAGCAGCAACAAGGUGACGGUGAGGUACCGGGAGUGCCUCAAGAACCACGCUGCCGCGAUGGGCGGGACCGCCAUGGACGGGUGCGGAGAGUUCAUGCCAAGCGGGGAGGAGGGUACCAUCGAGGCCCUCAACUGUUCUGCCUGUGGCUGUCACCGCAACUUCCACCGCAAGGAGGUCGAGGGCGGCGGCGGCGGCGGCGGCGGCGGCCACGACCUUGCACUCGAUCAGUGGUACCACCACCAUCACCACUCUCCGCCGCACCUCAACCGGGUCGGAAGGAAGGUCCUCGUGGGUCAUCCCCACCACAAGAACGUGCUGGGCGGCCACGAGGCCGCCCUCCUCUACCCGACAGGCACGCUCAUAGCAUCGAGAACGCCAACUCCGCACCAGAUGAUACUGCCCUACAGCAUGGCGGGGUCGCUCCCGUCGGAGUCAGACGAGCAGGACCAGGACGACGCCCACCAUAUAGGAGGAGGAGGUGGGGGCAUAGGUGGGGGGGCGGUGACAACAUCGGCGAGGCCGACGCAGAUGGUGAAGAAGAGGUUCCGGACGAAGUUCACGCAGGAGCAGAAGGAGAAGAUGCUGAGCUUCGCGGAGAAGGUCGGGUGGAAGAUACAGAGGCAGGAGGAGUCAGUGGUGCAGCAGUUCUGCCAGGAGAUUGGGGUGAAGAGGAGAGUCCUCAAGGUUUGGAUGCACAACAACAAGCACAACCUUGCCAAGAAGAACCUUAGCUGCAGCCUCAACCAUUCCCCCACGUCCAAUAUUAACAUCUCCGACACCAACAAUGUCAAUCCUUAAAUUAAGAUUAAUUAGAAAGAGAGAGAGAGGAAGUUGAAGGAAUCAUACAUUUGAUGAUGUUCUUUCUAAUUAGUAUAUUGAUCUAUCUAUAUAUAUCUAUUAAUCUCCAUUAGGUAUAUAUAUAUAUAUAUAUAUAUAUAUAGAGAGAGAGAGAGAGAGAGAUGCUUAAUUUAGUGUGUUCUUGUCUUGUUAGUGUUUUUUGUUUCCCUUUGUGGGGUCAUUUUGAUUUUGUUAGUUUAGAUAGCUUCUUCUUGAUAUAUUAAUUGGUAUUAUGAAUUAUUGGAUAUGGUUGUGUUGUU